CAGAGCCGCAACGGCAUGCAAGGGAGACUGGCCUGGCUCAUGAGAGUUGCCCUGUCAUUUAGACAAGGCCGUUUGUCGCAUUGUUCCAAAAUUAUCUAGGAUGCUGGCAAUAUUGCUUAUCACUUUAUGUUAUCUCAAUACGUCUGGCAUGGUAACACACAUAAUACGAACAUACACAAAUUUUGAUAGCGCAGAUGGCUGCAGAGUUUUAGUAUUUCUGUCUGAUGUUCUGACUCUGUACUCGAAAGUGGAUCGAAAUGGAGCUAUCUAAGUUGGACGAAAAAUCCAAGUUAGUGCUGAAAGAGUUUAAAGAGCGUGUUCAAGAUUGCAAGUUGGUCGACCCGAGAGACGAAUACCUUUUAAAAUGGCUUGUCGCGCGUUCUUUCGACAUCGACGAAGCGGAGAAAAUGAUACGUGCGUCGUUGGCGUGGCGACAAACGAAUGGAGUGGAUGAAAUUGUCAAAAACUGGACUCCACCUGAAGUCAUCACCAAAUAUUUUUCUUUAGGAAAAAUAGGAUACGAUAAAUUCGAUUGUCCCGUCUUCAUCUGCGCUCACGGUCGAAUGGAUAUAAGAGGAAUUUUGCAAUCGGUCACGAAGAAAGAUUAUAUGCGUUUUCAAAUGUGGAUGACGGAGAAGGUAAAUCGGGAAAUGCGUGAAGAAAGCUUCCGCACAGGAAAGAACACUGCCUGCCAAAUGACAUUUAUCGCCGACAUGACAAAUCUUUCAAUGAGACAAAUGACCUACAAGCCAGUCAUGGAAACUGGACUAGAACAAACGAAAAUCUACGAGAUGAAUUACCCCGAAAAUCUUCGUCGAAUUUUUGUCAUCAACGCGCCCAAGUUAUUUACGGUCAUCUAUAACAUUAUGAAGCCUUUCCUGCAUCAAGCCACCAUCGAUAAAAUGAGGAUCUUCGGCACUGACAAGGAAGAAUGGGCUGCCGCUCUACAAGAGGAAAUAGAAGCCGAUAUGUUACCUAUGCAUUACGGAGGCACUAUGGUAGAUCCCGAUGGUGACCCCAAAUGUCCCAGCAAGUUCAACAUGGGCGCAGAAGUUCCUUAUUCGUAUUAUUUGAGCAACAGUGCACCUGUGGCCAAAGAUUACAUGGAAACGAUAAACAUCAUCGCUGGGGCAGGUGGUUGGAAAAAAUUAAAAUACAAAAUCGACGUCGAAAAUUCAAUUUUGAAAUGGGAAUUUAUGACGGAAGGCGGAGACAUUGGCUUCCGGGUCUAUUACAAGAGUCCAGAAGAGGGCAAUGAAGAUUUGGUGCCUUUCAGUCGAAUAGAGAGUCAUCUGAUCACCGAAGAAGGCGAAAUCAUUUGCACCAGAACAGGCAAAUAUGUGAUCCUGUUCGACAACACUUUCAGCAUGUUACGUCCGAAGAAACUGCGCUAUUACAUCGUUGUCGACCCACCGUUACCCGGAAGUCUAGCAGCUGAACAACACGCCCGAUAAUCGUCCAGUGUUUUUUAUUGCUCAGUGGUGACUCCACACAGCUGCAACGUUUACUUGUUAUCAAACUGUGCCAUGACUUGACGAUAUCCUAUUUCAGCUCAAAGUCCAUGUUAAAUUGUUUAUAAAUAAAUAAACAAAUGGCAAGCUCA